CAUUUCUGUUCUCUGCGCUUCUUUUGCAAGUCAAAAUCUUCUUUUGAGAAUUUGGAUCUCUCGUCUCUCUGCUGUGCGAUUUCCGAUCCAAUACUCUUCUCAGAGCAAUAUGGAUAUAAAGGCUGCAAGAAGGACUGAACGUUUUGGUGCAAGAGCGAUAACGUGUGUCUACUGGCAAGCUGGGAAAUGCAACAGAAACCCGUGCAGUUUUUUGCACAGAGAAACACCAAUACCACCAAAUACUGGAUAUUGUAAUGGCAAUAGUACUUAUUCUCAUAAGUGCAUGAAGAAGCGCCAUUCCUCUUCUAAUAAUAAGUCUUCCCCUAAGCAUAACUCGAAGAAUGUAUUCAUAAGAAAGAUGGGAGGAGGUAGUCUUGCUAGGGAUUAUCAGAAGCCAUCACAAAGUAUUUGUAGAUACUGGGUGAAUGGCAAUUGUGUACGCGGUGAGCACUGUCGCGAUUUGCAUUCAUGGUUUUAUGGUGAUGGCUUUUCAACAUUAGCAAAGCUUCGAGAACACAAGAAGGUUAUCACUGGGAUUGCACUUCCAGCUGGAUCAGAUAAAUUAUAUUCUGGAAGCACUGAUGGGACAAUCCGGACAUGGGACUGCCAUACUGGAAAAUGUGUCAAUGUGGUAAAUCUUGGAGCAGAGGUUAUUUCUAUGAUCAGCGAGGGUCCAUGGAUUUUUAUUGGUCUGAGGAAUGCUGUCAAAGCUUGGAAUGUUCAGGCUGCACUAGAGUUUACUUUAGAUGGACCAAAGGGGCGAGCUCUUUCCAUCAUUGUUGGCAGCGAAACCCUUUUUGCUGGGGAUGAGGAUGGAGUAAUUUCUGCAUGGAGAGGCGGUUCUGUAUCUAUAUCUCCUUUUAAACUGGUUGCAUCACUAAAUGGCCACACCAGCGAUGUAGUUUGCCUAGCAGUUGGAGGCAAGAUGCUAUAUUCAGGGUCCAUGGACCACAGCAUUAAGGUUUGGGAUAUGGAUACAUUAGAUUGUAAAAUGACCCUUAGCGGACAUGCUGACACAGUAACAUCCCUUAUUUGUUGGGACUCUUAUUUGUUAUCAAGUUCGUUUGACUGCACAGUCAAGGUCUGGGUUGCCACUGAAGAGGGAUCUUUGAAAGUGACAUACACACACAGAGAGGAGAAUGGUGUUCUUGCACUUUGUGGGAUGACUGAUGUAGAUGCCAAGCCAAUAUUGUUUUGCUCUUGCCUUGACAAUUCAGUUCGCCUUUAUGAAUUGCCAUCAUUUUCAGAGAGGGGUCGGUUAUUUGCAAGACGAGAAGUGCGAUCACUUGAGAUAGGUCCUGGUGGUCUCUUCUUUACCGGAGAUGGAACUGGUUUAGUGAUGGUGUGGAAAUGGUUGGAUGAGCCCAAGGUGGCAUCAUCUUGAGUUUCUUCACCAGCUGCCUAGAUUUUAGAUUGUCCGUGAUAUUAUGCAUCUGCUUGCUUCUUUCAGUGGGCAGAUCAUUAUUUUUUUGCUUCAUGAGAAGCGAUACUAGUUGUAAAUAAAAUAAAAACUAUAUAUUCAAGUAAGAAUCCUGGUUCAAUUUUACUACCUUCAGCUUCA